CGUGCUCUAGAUACAGUGUGACCUGCCCCGAAACCUGAAGAGGCUGAAGCCUAUAAAAAGAAGGGUUGUAAAUCAGGUGUGCAGUUCUGACAACUUGAGGAGAACCUUCUGCAUCAUAGAUAAAAAGAAACAGACUUAUUUGGCAUUACAGUGAUUGCGUUCAGCAGCUUGAAAUUAAAGGAAAAAUGGGAAAGAUCUUUCACGACAGCACAAAAGAGACCCCCACGACCCAGACAAACAAGGUUAAGGACAAUAGAAUCAGCCGAUGUCCUAUGUCGAUACACAUGAAAAACUUUGAAAAUGGCUCAAGACACCAAGACACACUUUACCACAGAGCUGUCAAGCAUCAGCUUUGCAAACCAAAAGUGUGUGAGGGGUCCAUAAUGAACCCAAAAACAUUAAUACGUUCUACUCCCGUGUCCCCACCUUCCACCAACGAGCUCAUCACACAGGCUAUUGACUUCAUCAAUCAGUACUACAAAUCGUUCAAAAACUCUAAAAUAGAUGAGCACCUGGCCCGUGUUACCGAAGUGGCCAGUGAGAUCGAAAACAGCGGAACUUAUCAGCUCACACUAGAGGAGCUCGCAUUUGGAGCUAAGCAGGCUUGGAGGAACGCGCCUAGGUGCAUCGGCAGGAUUCAAUGGUCUAAUUUACAGGUGUUUGAUGCACGCAAAUGCAGGACAGCAAAGGAAAUGUUCGAGUACAUGUGCUCUCACAUUAAAUUUGCCACAAAUGGUGGCAAUUUAAGGUCAGCCAUUACUGUGUUCCCUCCAAGAACUGAUGGCCAGCAUGAUUUCCGGGUUUGGAACGGUCAGCUUAUUAAAUACGCUGGCUAUCAGAUGGAGGACGGCCAGAUUAUAGGAGACCCUGUUAAUGUGGAGUUCACUGAGAUUUGUGUCCAACUUGGAUGGACCCCAAAGUACGGGUUCUUUGAUGUGCUGCCACUGAUCUUGCAGGCCAAUGGGGAAGAUCCUGAACUAUUUGAAAUUCCCCCAGAGUUGAUACUGGAGGUUGAAAUGGAGCACCCACAGUAUAAAUGGUUCAAAGAUCUGAACCUCAGAUGGUAUGCACUGCCUGCAGUCGCAAAUAUGAUGCUGGAGAUUGGUGGACUUGAAUUUACAGCAUGCCCGUUCAAUGGCUGGUACAUGGGCACUGAGAUUGGAGCAAGGGACUUCUGUGAUCCUCAGCGCUACAACAUUCUUGAGAAAGUUGGACGCUGUAUGGGGUUGGAUACACACAAGCUUUCAUCACUAUGGAAGGAUGAAGCUCUAGUUGCUGUCAAUGUUGCAGUGAUUCACAGUUUUCAGAAAAAUAAAGUGACCAUCACAGACCACCACACUGCCACAGAGUCCUUCAUGAAGUACAUGGAGACAGAAUUGCGCCUGCGUGGUGGCUGUCCUGCCGACUGGGUUUGGCUGGUACCUCCUAUGUCUGGCUCUCUGACCCCCGUGUUCCACCAGGAGAUGAUCAGCUACAUCCUGUCUCCCUUCUUUUACUACCAGCCUGAUCCCUGGAUAACAUAUGUCUGGAAAGACGAGACAAAAGGACUAAAGAAACGCAAACGAAUCGGCUUCAAAGCACUUACAAAGGCAGUGGUCUUCUCUCAAAUACUCAUGCAGUCUGCUUUGAAAAAGAGAGUGUCUUGCACCAUCCUCUAUGCUACUGAAACUGGAAAAUCACAGACCUUUGCCAAAAAACUAAAGUCAAUGCUCAGCUGUGCUUUCAAUCCCAGGCUACUUUGCAUGGAGGACUACAAAUUUCAGGAUCUGAAGAAUGAGCGCUUUAUGAUGAUCAUCACCAGCACGUUUGGCAAUGGAGAUCCUCCAGGAAAUGGAGAGAUUUUCAAGAAGCAACUCAUGAACUUGAAUAAGCUACAAAACAACAUGAGGUAUUGUGUUUUUGGCCUUGGCUCUCGGAUGUACCCACAGUUUUGUGCUUUUGCCCAUGCUGUGGAUAAUAAGCUUGCAGAAUUGGGAGCCAAAUGUGUGACUUCCAUAGGAGAGGGAGACGAGCUCAAUGGACAGGAAGAGGCUUUCUCAGCCUGGGCCUGCAAUGUGUUUAAGGCUGCAUGUGAGGAAUUUGGUGUUAAGGGUCAACUGUCAGGGUCUCACCAACUAUCAGAGACCUGGGAUCCUCUGAAACACAGAGUGCAACCUGAAAGCAGCAGCAGCCUAGACUACAUCACGGCUCUUUCAGGACUCCACUCUAAAACUGUGUUUCCCAUGAAGAUGAAGAAAAGGAAGAAUCUCCAGAGUGCUAAGUCUAGCUGCUCUACUAUACUAGUGGAGCUGGAAGUGGAUGGUGGUAAAGAAGUCUUAAAUUACACUGCAGGUGACCAUGUGGGCGUUUUCCCAGGGAACUCACCAGAGCUGGUGAUGGGCAUUCUGAAGCACCUUCCCAAUGCUCCUCCACCAAAUCAGACUGUCCAGCUUCAGUAUCUGCCUGAAUCUGGCCCCGGAGGUGAAAAAUGGCAGACAGAUUCUCGUAUCCCAGCCUGCUCUCUUACCCAGGCUCUUACAUUCCUUCUGGAUAUCACCACAUCACCUUCUCAAAGUUUCCUACGCAAACUUUCACAAUUGGCAAAUAACAAAGACGACCGACAGCGCCUCCUAGAACUCGCAUCGGACUCCAAGUGUUACUCGGAAUGGAAAUCAUUCCACAAUCCCAACUUCCUAGAGAUUCUAGAGGAGUUUCCAUCACUGGUGCUCUCUGCAGCCUUCCUACUUAGCCAGCUACCUCUGCUGAAACCCCGUCUCUACUCUGUCAGCUCCUCACCUGAUCUCCACCCUCAUGAGCUACACCUCACUGUGUCUGUACUCAACUAUCGUACCCAAGAUGGAAAGGGUCCGCUACAUUAUGGUGUCUGUAGCACAUGGCUCAACACUCUUAAAGGAGGAGAGACAGUUCCCUGCUUCAUCCAUAAAUCCAGUGGCUUCCACCUUCCACCAGAUCCCACCACUCCGACUAUCCUUAUUGGGGCUGGAAGUGGCAUCGCUCCUUUCCGCAGCUUCUGGCAGCAACACUUCCAUGACAUGAAAAAGACAGGUUUGCAAAAGAGUUCUAUGAUACUGGUGUUUGGAUGUCGUGGUGCGAACAUGGAUCAUCUAUAUAAAGAGGAGACAUUUGAAAUGAAAGAAAAUGGCACUCUGAAGAGCAUCACUCCAGCAUACUCUCGCCAGCCUGGUCUCCCCAAGGUGUAUGUUCAAGAUGUUCUGAAGAAGCAGCUUAGUGAAGAUGUUUGGGAGGCCUUGAACCAGAAGUCUGGACAUGUGUAUGUAUGUGGGAGUAUGAACAUGGCCCGGGAUGUCGCACAUGCUAUACAGGAGAUCCUGGUUAGCCAUCUGGGUGUAACACUUACCCAGGCUGGAGAAUAUUUGGACCAACUCAAGGCGGAAAAGAGGUACCAUGAAGACAUCUUUGGAGCCUAGUUCUGGAGCACACAGAACACAAGAAGAUCUGUGAUAAAAAUUAGGAAAUAAGUUCAGGUCUGUUAAUAUGAGUUGGUUCAGCAUCAGAGAUCCAAAAGUCAGUAGUUGAGAUCCAACAAGCAUUAAUACAUACAGUUUUGCACUAUGACAGUACGUAAUAUUUGGUCUCUGGCAUCGUAUCCAUUAUUGUUGGAAUAUUCAGUAUAUUAAUCUGUUCAUUAUCUUAAUAAUUCAGUUAACAGUAUGUCUAUCAUUUAUUUGAGUUUGUUGUAUCUUUUCUAUGAUAAUAAGGCCUAAAGUAGAAUCUUUGGGAUU